CACAGCCAGUCACUCAUCCAGCCAGCCACCGAGCCCCCUUCACCUCCCCCUUCUUCCCACUCACCCCCGUGAAGGCUUCAGUACAGGGGAGUGCAAGGACCCGCGCAGGUCGCCCCACCCAGUCUGACCUCCUCGCCCCACGUCUUCCUAGCUUCCGUAAGGAUACAGGCACAUGUUGAGACGCCCCUAAAGGGACCUACACACAGGGGCAGCGAUGUCACAGUUCUCUACCAUGACGACCAGCGAGAGGAAGAUGCAAGCUGCAGCCAUCUGUAGGGAGAUACAGCGUCCUGAAGAUGCAGAGAUGGACCUGGGGAAGAAGAUGAGUGUCCCUAAGGAUGUGAUGCUGGAGGAGCUGUCUCUGGCCUCCAACAGGGGCUCCCUCCUCUUCGAAAAGCGCAAGAGGCGCUCUGAAAAAUACACCUUCGAGAGCAUCCAGAAUGUAGCCAACACACAGAUCAAUAAUGGAGUAACUCUUCAAACGCAGAGUCAAGAAACCACAGAAAGCAACAGCUUGGGAGUGGAACAGUCUAGAACACCCCCGAACACGCCUGAUCCGAGCAACACCCCCAACCCAGACAACAUUGCACCAGGUUAUGGUGGACCUCUAAAACAAAUGGAACCAGAGAAGUUCAACAGCACAUGCCUCCCCAAGUCCUACCACUCCCCCUGGGACCAGGCCAUCUACCACAGCGACCCCUCCCUGGCCGAUAGCCUUGUCAACCACCUGCCAGAGCCAGAGGCCAAGCCUGAAGGACCAGGGUACAAGAGCUUCAACAGAGUGGCUACCCCGUUUGGUGGCUUCGGCGGCAAGUCUACCAUACCGGCCCCGUUGUUCAAGACCCCCGAUGUGGAACACAACCCCAUGUCGGAGCUGUACCCAGAGCUCCAGGGGGAGCCUGCGGUGCAGAGGCCCACAUUCAACAGGGUGCCCUGCGGCUGGGCGGGGGCCAAUGUCCCCCUCAUCCUCCCCAAAAUGCACCUGGAUCCCAUGUUUAUCCCAGAGUCCGAUGACCUUUGAACUUCUGGCGGUUGCUCAGUCUUCUGAGAUGCUGCCUGGUCUGCUACCCAAAAGUCCUUCCGCUAGGUUAGGGUCAGAAUAGGGUCAGAAUGAGGGAAGGAGGCAUUUUUGAUUGCCUGCUUAAGGCAAGUUAGCUACUUUUUUGUGGCGAAAAUACAAGUUUCUCUGAUUAACUGAUCUGCCCAUGCCCAAGGUGUUCUGCCCAUCUCCAAACUGCACUUGAAAUAAGUAAACCAGCUAGUUUACACUAGCUAGAGUUACUAAAUAGAGUAUAGGAUAUUUACAUACUGCACAUUGAUGUGUAUAAGAUAUCAUUUAUCUGCCUGAUGACAUUUGAUUACUGUAUUAGUUGUUUUUGAGCUAAAUAAAAUGAAUAAAUAAA